AUGCUUAAUCCCGCGACCGUUCUUAUCCUCGAGCGUCUUGCCGCGAGCUUUUGCGUCGGUGCAGUCCUUAUGGACUGUCUGUACAUGUUCAUCUCCUUGCCGGCACUCAAGCUGAAAGGGACGAUCCGGGUGCUGUGGCUCGUUGCGUACUUGGGGUUGAUCAUGGAUGCUUCUAUCAGUUGGUUCAACAUCAAUUGGGCUGUGGCAGGGGGUUCUAUCUUGGUAUACAACAUAAUGAUGUUUUCAACCCCGUUACGAGACUUGACCCAUCGAACAUUUCUGAACUUGAUCACGGUGAGACGCCUAAGAAGUGUGCUGCCGAACAUGCCCGUUGCCGUCUACUACGUUGCUGGUUGCGGAUGGCUUGUACUCUGCGUCUUGGAAUUUUAUUUCUUCUUCCGCGACGUCCCAGACAUGGACCUGUGGACAACGCCGAUCAUUGACACGCCAUCGUUUGCGAAAGAGUUGAGAAUUACCCUCUUAACCCUCUCGUUCGUGACGCUGAUUUUAUCCAACACCACCGACUUUAUCAUCUUGCACAAAGUCAUCGCUACCAAGUCCGCAUUAGACGGGGACAAGUCCAAGAAGCGAUUUAUAGGCACGAUCUACAUGCGCUGCAUUAUAUGUUCCAUCAUCAUGUGCUUGGUGGAGUGGGCUCUUGGGAUCUGCCAAAGUAUUGGCAUCGUAAAGUUUGCCGCUGCAUAUCUUUCAAAGGUCAACCUCUCCAUCACGCUGCACUCGUUCUUUUUCUUCACGGACACCCUGUACGAGAUAUCCCAUGAGUUUAUUGACCCGUCCCUAAUACCGGCACAAAUUCCAAUCAGGACCGUUAAUAUUUCAGAAGAUUGACCUACUGGUGUAUGUUGUAGUAGAGGACUUCACUGCGCGUUGUUCGCUUGAUGUUUUUUCUUUGGUUUUUUUCGACAUUAUACCCCUCGAUACUGUGUACAUACGUUGAUGGCGAGGAUUAAUAAUAAACUUUGCAUGUCUG